AUGAAGUCAGGUGGAGUAGACAAACAUUUCUUUAUGAAACCUAUAACAUAUAUCUGCGAUGUGUAUGGUCAAAAGUUUGCAUGUUUGGACAAAUGGAAUGGUAAUUCAGUUCAAAUGGAACUUGCAACCAAGAGCGGCUCCAGAAGAAACGAGGAAAACCAAAGCGACAUCACCACUGGUGAUGACACUUAUAGGGGAGUCACUAAUAACUGCCCUUCCCAUGACAGAAAUGUUAAAAGCCCCCUUUUUGAAAAAUCGAACGAUGUGGAACAAAAUCGGAUAAAAACACACUCUUCCAAUGUGAAUGGCUUACAAAAAGAUGGCAUCACAAGAAAGUACCUCUCCAUUGAUGGUAUAGCUGCAUAUAACGCCGCCAUGAACGGGCAGAACACUGAAAAAAAUCCUUUGUCCAUUUUUAAAACCGAAUCGGAUAAAAUUUUAGAACAUAUUAAAAUAUGGAAAAUGAAGAGAUCGAUUCUUUCCAAAACGGUUAACAUAACAAACUAUGUGGGCGGUAGGGAGAUCCCUUCUCCAAGGCCGAAGGAAGUCUCCCCCAAUUAUGCAAACUCCUUUAAGGACAAAAAAAGAAGAAAAAAAAAAACGGAUACGUCUGGAACUUUUCCGAAAAAAUUGGAACGCUUCAACAGUGGUCAACGGGCUCAUUGCAACUAUGCAUAUGAUGAACAACAUGAUUCUCAAAAAAACGAGACAUACAUUCAAGGCAAGACAAUUGAAGGGGGAACAUCACAUACAAUGGGAACCUCCUAUAAUAAUAACGAAGUAAAAAAAAGUUAUUUAAAAAAAGAAGAAAUAUGUUUCAGUCAAAGGGCAGCUUGUAAUUUCAAUCAACCGGAUGUAUUCCACAUUGUAAAUGAACUCACCAUGGAGCGAAAACUUCCUGUCCUUGGAGGUAACUGCCCCAGACAUAAAACUCCCUCUGGUCGGAGCAGCUGCAGCGUUGGUGACAGAUGCAUCCCUGCAAACAUACCUAGCACAGAACGGGUAUACCAGGAUGAGCAAAUUAACCAACGAAAGAAAAGAAAAAUUGACACGCAAAGUAACAGAAAUGCAUUAAUUAACAGAACGAACAAUUGCAAAGAAAUGUUCAGUCAUCUCGCUGCUUUACGUGUAAAGGAUGCCUCGAAAAAUGACGUCUCUCAUUCGAGCCAAACCUUUAGCAAUCAUGUAAACUGUGCUUACAUACCGGAAGGGCACAACCAAGACAUAGCUUUUAAACGAGAUUUAAAAUGCAUUAAUUAUAUGCUAACUAACAAAUGUGUAAACACAAAAGGAUCCCCUGAAUCAGCAACAUAUAGCUAUGACAUUUAUGAACCGGAGGGGCGACAAGCGGACAUUAGGUUGUUCGCAACCCCACCUAACAAUCUAUACAGUGCCAAAAAUGUUAUCAAAAUAGGCACAUCAAAAAAUAUACAUCAUAGCCCUACCAAAAAGUUAAACUCAAAAAAAUGCGCCACUGCAAGGAAGGGAAUACAGAAUGAACCUAGAAAAUCCCAAAAUGGAAAAAAUGGAAAUAAAAAAGCUCUGAGCGAUUCCAAGAUGCAAUUCGAACUGGGAAAAAGGAACCCUCACCCAUCCGACGAAGCUGCUAAGACGACCCGAAGAAACAAUCACACCAAAUAUAGUGACAACUCACCUAUUAUUACAGAAGGAAUGAGAGAAAAAAAAACAUCGAAGAGACCCACAACUCAUAUCACCCACUUAGGAAAGACACCUGAAUCCAAUUUAGGAAAAAGACCCAUUCAUAAUAUCACUCUAAGAAACGAGAAAGGCACCUUCGCUGAAGACAAACCAAAAAAAAGGGGGACUUCUAACAGGUCAAAGGACUUACCUAAAAUGAAAAAUCUACCCCAUUCACAUAGGACAAAGGAAUCAGCACAAUUGAAGCGACCUAAACAAAUAACUAGCACAAGCAAAACAGCACGUUCUACCAAUAAAAAUGUACAAGCAAAAAUGCGCGAAAAAAAUAACCAAAGUGAGGUGAACAAAGUGAAACCUACAAUAAAUCACACAACCGCCACACCCUUUUGCGAUGAACAGCAAGAAUUAAAGGAAAAAAAAUACGCACACCACACACCAAAAAAGGAAAUCCAAAUGGAUACCGAUAAAAACACAAAAGGUAUUAUGUUGAGCUCCAACUUUGCAGCAACACCAAUUUAUAACCAACUUGCCAUAAAUUUGAGUGUUGUUGAAGGCUUGACACAUGGGGACAGCUAUGCCAGUGGACAGUCAAAAAAAAAUUCGCAAGAGAAAACUUCACCAUGUAGCAGUGGGAGGACUGAAUAUGCAAGCUCCGUGUCAUCACCCGGUUACAAUUCUAGUGAGUUUCACAUCAUGGAAGAAGGAAAAAAGGAGACAUGCUCGACCAAGCGUCUAAAUUAUAAAAGCCAAGAAAGUCUGCUAUACGAACUCAUACACACAAAUGAUAAUAAAAGUAGAAUUAAACAAUUUAUUCAGCAAUCUGAAGGGCGACAAAAUGCAUGUACAAAUUUGUGCAGCGAUGAUGCAACUCAUAGAAGUGAAACAACUGAAGAGGACACUAAAGAUGUCAAUGUGAAGACCACUCAGAUUAAGGCUUGUCAGGGGAAGUCUAACAACCAAGCUGCACCAAAUGACACGCAUGACAAAUAUCAAAAGAGAACUUCAAAUGAUCAAAAAAACCACCUAAGAAAAAGCCAUGAAACGUUACUAUACGAAUUAAUCAACGAGAAUGAUAAUAGAGUGAAAAUUCUAAAUUUCCUCAAACGGUCUAGCAAUGAAGAAAGCAGUCCCAGAAUAAGUAGCAAUGGGGAAUAUAAGUACCCCAAACAAAAUGGGCAUGAAAACGAUCGUUUAGUGGAAGGAGCCGUUAAAAUAAUACCACACAUAUUGGGCGACCCACCUCAAUUGUCCUCCCAUUCAAGCAAUGCAAAGGCACAUGCGACGAAAUGUAUACUGCCCAAAUGGAGAUCCACUCGAGCAUGCACAACAGUCGCAAAUAAAAACCCUCCAAAGUACACAAUUUCGACCAAGUACCACAAUAAAUAUACACCCCAGAACAACAUCAAGCCAUUGACGACUAAAAUGGUAAGCACGAAAGAAAUGAAGCAAAAGGAGAGCAUCAAACCAAGUGACAAAAUUAAAAAUGGACACAAAUUGAUGACAAAUAAAAAAGGAGAUAUAAGACUGUCCUAUGUGCAAAGCCGUCAUGCACCACAUGAGGUAAGAAGCAGUAGGAACCCCCUCAAUACAGUCAACGCCAAAGGGAAAGAUACCCAGAGGAGGAAAAUUGUAACACCAAGAAGGAAAGAAAUGGACUAUUUAUCUCUCGCGAAAUUGAAAAGUGGAAAUACCCAACAUGACAUUCCGAAACGUCCCAAAGGUAUAAUUAUCAAAGCAGUCCAUGUUAAAGACAAAAAUGAAAACAAGAAAAAUAUUCAUUCUAACUAUUUGAUCAUUAAAAAGCACGUAGACAAUCGACCAACCAAGCGUACACAUGCAGAAGCUGCGUCGAAAGUACCUACCCCUUCGAACCUGCAAAAGGGACAAUCCGAAAUGGAGAAUCAUUAUAGAAUAAAUACCAACCAGGAAAAAAUAAAAAAAUGUCACAUCACUCAACAAGCUACCCCUAAUCAAAUUAAGCAAAAAACGAAAGGGGCAAUUCCCGAGGAACAACAUAACAGCAAAGAAGUCAAAGAAAAAACAUUGCAAGGCGAUAAAGAACUGAUUGUCCAAGACGGAACCAUAAGAAAGGACUAUACUAAACAUAAACUUAUCACCACCACAGAUAUAGGGGAAAAAAAAAGAAAGUUACUCUCUGGUGCACAAAUUAACACCAGAGUUAAAGCAAGAAAAGUCCAAAACGAAAUGAUUCCCAAACAAAUCAGCAUACAAAUGAUGACCACUAACUGGAGAGACAAAUUACAGAAAAAUCGCCAAAAUGCCACUACUGAAAAAGGGCAAACAGUGAACUCUCUUUCUCAUGUAAAAGAAGCGACCAGACAAGAAAAGACCCCCUCAGUGGAGAACCGACUUGAAAAGUUCAAUACAACAUGUAACCAUAUAUUACUAGAAAACAAAAACUGGACACACUUCACAAAUUCAAAGGAAAAGGUCAGUUUUUGUGUGUUUAACAAAAAAGUUCAAAAAAAUGACUCCAACAAAGACAUCCAAAUGAGCUUCUCUCCUUACCUAAGCGCACCCGUUGUCAACCCUCCAGUGGGACAAUACCUGUUUAGCGCAUUCUCGAACAGAAUUUACAUGCUACUACCCAUUCUUCACCUGAACGAAGUUCUCCCCUUUGAUGAAGUAAAAAUGCACAAAAUAGCAAAAAAACAGAACAAUAUCUCACAUGAAGGGGAAAAUACCUAUCUCUCAUCAACAGCACAAGCACUCACAAAAAUAGAAGCAACACAUAUCAUUCAUUUCUACCACACGGAAGGGAUGAACUGUGUAAACAAAUGGACUAUUAUGAUAGUCCAACGUUUAGAGAUUUAUCACUGGAGUGGUAAGAAGGCUAACCUGGUGGUAAUGCACGGGCAAACAGUAUGCCUUAACAAGGUGGAAGAGGUCAAACUAAAUGACAAAGUGAAACGACAAAUAGAAAACGUAGACAUUGCUACUGAGGAAGAAUGCAAAGAACGUUUUACAUGCCUUCAAAGAGAAAUACACUGGAAUGACUACACCCCUGGGACAGUAAAAAAUGAAGACUUCAAAAUGGAGACCAUGGGAUGGGAAAAUGAGAAUUCCCCCAGUACUAUAUUCAUUACGGAUCCACUGGUAAAAUGUACCAUAAGAAGUAUUAUGGUGUCAACACAAGAGGGGAAAGAGAGGGAGGAAAAUGAGCCAAUCAAAUGGCCGUAUUACCUAACCGCAGCAGGAUCAACAAGACUGACUUGCACGCAGGAAAACAUUCCAAAGAGAUCGUUCACAGUAGGUAGACACAUAUGCAUGUGGGAAUUUCCCAGAAACCGGAGAAAAUUAUCAUUAGAAGAAUCAAAAAGGAGGAUAACUCUUGCAAAAUUUAGUGUAAUGCGUUAUCAAAUUACAACACUAGAUAUGAACAAUAAACCUCCUUCAGAUAAAAUACAAACAAAAAAGUUGUGUACUAAUAUAGCCAAAAAAGGAAAUAAAUAUGUGCUGGAGAAAAAAAAAAAUUAUGAACUGGUAGGUGUUGUUCCCGAGGUACAGGAACCGACAGACACACAAAUCAUAACGCAGGAGGGGUUGCCAAGUGUCGAUUAUGAAAAAGGUAGUGUGGCAUCAACAUAUCUCACAAAUAGAAAUUUAAAAGAUUCGAAAAAUGAUGUGGUUGCUAUAAGGCAGAUUAUACGUGAAGGAUUCACUGAAGGAAAAGGGACGCUAAUGAUUGAAGACCUAAAUGACACAUCUCAACAAAUGGAAAGUGGGACCCCAGUUCAGUUAUCACACACGAACGAUAACAGAAUAACAGACCAAACCACGCAACCACCCAACGGAGACAUAGAAAAAGAAAUAUUCACAAUCAAACAACUAAUAAAGGAAAUUCUCGCAGAAAUGAAAAAUGGACUUGUGAAGGAAACGAAAAAAAAGAAAUCGAAAAAUUCCAAGAAGGAAAAAUCGCGGGUUAAAGAAGUGAACACAAAUGCUGGCGUAAAAAACUUAAAUAAAAAGGGUUCAAAAAGGAAAAAUGCAAAAAACACCUCCAUUGAAAAGGUAAAAGAGAAACACAUAAAUGUAACUGCCUCAGUUAGCAAAAUGAAACCUUCCACUUUGGAAAUGGAACGUGUAAUGAAUGCGCUGGAAAAGGAUUGUGUAAUGGGGAUAUCAAUCGAGGUAGAUGUGCAAGAGUCUACUCGCGAAGUUAGCGCGGUGUCGGAUGUAAGCGAUGAGGGUGAACUGUUGGUGGGAGCUGAGUUACGAGACGAUGAUGAUGACGCCAUCAUGCUGGAAGAUGUGCUUUGCCGAAACGAUGUUAUUGUGGGGCACCCUGUUAGUUACAAAAGCACCGCUUCAAUAGUGGAAGAUGUACAGGAUCAAGACAAUGCUAUGAUGAUGGAAAAUGCAAGUGCACAAAUUGACGUCGUGGUGGUGGAGGACGUAGGUAGGGGAAAUUGGCCCAUCAUGGUAAAUGCACCUAGUCAAACCACCGCCCUACCAGUGGAAGACGGAAAGCGCCAAAUCGAAUUGCCAGAUUUCGUGAGUGGGUUCGUCAGCGAGUUGGAGGACUACGAACCAAGCAGCGAAAACAAAAAUGAUGAUGCACCUUGUAGAGACGCAAAAAGGGAAGAAAUACGACAAGAAAUUAAAAAGCUAAUUGAAAUGGUAAAGGACCUCAAACGAGAAUAUAUGAAAGAAAUGCAAAAGGAUUGUUCUAAAAAUGAUAUGGAAAAGGAACAAUUGAUGAUAACAUAUUUGGAUGAGACUAAUGAAAAGGCACAAAUAAUAGACCUUCCAUUUGCUAACGAUGGGCCCAUGUUACAGGACUCACCAACGACCAUUUUAACACUUCAAAUGAAGGGGCGAGAAGAAGAAAAGGAAUUUCAAAAGGGGAUGAUAAAAGAUCACCAAGGGGAACAGUCUUACCAACCGCAUGUAAACAAAAUAACAACCCCACUACCCGAACAAAUCAACCUAAAACAAAAGAUAAAAAGUUCCAACCCUCUGGACAAUGCCAAGGAGGAUAACGCCAAUACACACUAUUCAAGGCCAACAUGUACCAAAAGAAAAAAGAGAUUCAAUGAAAGGGUUAAACUAAAACUAAUGAUGCGCGACAGUUUUAAAAUGGGCAAUUCGAAUGAAGCAAAAAUGAAGGAAAGGAAAGAAAAAGAAAAACUAAAGCAAAUUAUAAAAGAUAUUUUACACGCGGAAACGAUUAGGAUAUUUCUUAACGAUCAGGCUGCUGAAAAUGAUCAACACGAGCACACAACAGGAAGAAACUCGUCGCAUUUGAAAGCAGAAGGGGAGCAUGUGAACGCGCGCGGUGAAGUGCUCGCAUGUGCAAAGGUCGCUACACAUAAGAAAGCCGUCACACAUGCAAAAAAGGAUACAUAUGCCAAAUGGGACACAAAGAUUGUGAAUUCCUUAGGUGCUAACCCCUCCUCGCUAAAAGCUCAAAUACCCCAAGUCGACGAGGACAUUUGUGACAAAAUCAACCUGCGCACCCCAAACGAUGCCUGUAGUGACAGUCCCGUGCAAGGCAAAGAAAUCGCAAAGGAGGAAACACAAAAUGAAAAUUCCAGCGCAAUAUCAGAAAGAAAUGAAAAAAUAAAGAAACUUAUGAACAGCAAAAGGGUGACAUUAAACGAAAAUUUAGCCAUGAAACGAGCAUUUUUUAAUGCACAAAAAACGGCCGGCAAAGAAAACAUUACUCAUGAUGUCUUCUUUUAA